CGCCAUGGAGACCGCAAGGCAAGUGCUCUGUCUCUGUGCUUUCCUCUCCCUGCCGCACGCUCGCGCCGAGCCCAUCCGCUACUCCGUAGCCGAGGAGAGCGAGAGCGGCUCCGUGGUAGCCAACGUGGCGGAGGACGCGGGGCUGGCCCCGGCGCAGCUCUCGGCUCGCCGCGCCCGCCUGCUCUCGGAGGACGGCCGGCAGCACUUUCGCUUAGACCCGGGCAGCGGCCGCCUCGUCGUGGCCGAGAGGCUGGACCGCGAGGAGCUGUGCGGGCAGUCCGCUACCUGCACGCUGCCCUUCGAGCUCCUGCUGGCAAACCCCGUGCAGUUCUUUCGGGUGGAGGUGGCCGUGGAGGACAUCAAUGACCACGCGCCCGUUUUUCCGGAGGAGCGGGUCAUUCUUAAGAUCCCAGAAACGAGCAACCUCGGUUCUCGUUUCCCUUUGGAGGGGGCUCAGGACCUUGAUGUUGGCAGCAACAGCAUCCAGAUUUACAGCAUUGCUCCUGAGAGCAAGUACUUUGGUGUUGAUUUUGGGAGUCGAAGUGACAGUGACCAAUAUUUUGAACUUGUUUUGGAAAAGCCACUCGACAGAGAAGAACAGGCAGAGAUGGAUUUCAAUCUCAUUGCCGUGGAUGGGGGCUCUCCACCCAAGAGUGGAACCACCCAAAUCCACGUUGUCGUUCUAGAUGUAAAUGACAAUGCUCCAGUCUUCAUGCAAGACCGAUAUAUUGCACAGAUUUUGGAAAAUGCACCAGAGGGUUCUAUUGUUCUCAAAGUAGUGGCAACCGAUCAGGAUGAGGGAGUUAAUGGGGAAAUCUCCUAUCAGUUCAGCCAAGCAGGGGGCCAGAGCUACUCAGCAUUCAAUAUUGACGCCGUGAGUGGUGAAAUCAAACUCACAAAGCCUCUGGACUUUGAGGCAGCAGAGAAACAUGAACUCAAAAUUCGAGCUACAGAUGGUGGAGGCCUCUCUGCAAUCUGUAAAGUGUUGGUGGAAGUGGUGGAUGUGAAUGACAAUGCACCAGAGGUGAUGAUUAGUUCCUUCAACAGCCCCCUCCCUGAGGACUCAUUGCCUGGGACAGUCGUUGCCCUGUUUACUGUCAGGGACCGAGAUGCUGGUGCCAAUGGGAAGAUCUCCUGUGCCCUUGAGGACCAGCUGUCAUUCUCCUUGCGGCCAGCCUAUAAGAAUUACUUUGAGCUGGUGACUGUGAGUGCACUGGACAGGGAGGAGAUGGCACGGUACAUCCUGACAGUCACAGCAGCAGACACGGGAUCACCUCCUCUCACAACCACCCAGACCUUCACAGUGGACAUCUCUGAUGUGAAUGACAAUGCACCUGUGUUCAACCAGACAUCAUACACCAUGUAUGUACGUGAGAACAAUGUCCCCACGGUGCUCGCUGGAACCGUCUGUGCCGUAGAUAGAGAUGUGGGGCCUAAUGCCAAGGUGACCUAUUCCCUGGUGCUUGCCCACCCUACAGAGCAGCCUUCGUGCUCCUGCAUCUCUGUGAACUCUGAGAAUGGAGAUGUGUUUGUGCUGCGGCCCCUGGACUAUGAGCAGGUGAGGCAAAUUGAGUUCCUGGUGAGCGCCUCUGAUGCGGGGUCACCUCCUCUCAGUGCCAAUGUCACCGUCCGUCUUGUUGUGGAGGAUGAAAACGACAAUGCUCCACUGGUGCUGUACCCCUCACAGGACAGCAGCUCUCCAUCCAGUGAGCUGGUGCCCGUUUCGGCUGAGGCAGGCUACCUUAUCACUAAAGUUGUGGCCAUCGAUGCUGACUCAGGGCAGAACUCUUGGCUCUCGUACCACUUGCUGAGGGCCACUGAUCCUGGACUGUUUGUGGUGGGUGCCCAAAGUGGGGAGGUGCGACUGAGGAGAUCAUUGACAGAGAGAGACACUGUGAAGCAGAAACUCGUAGUGCUAGUGCGAGACAGUGGGCAGCCACCACUGUCAGCCACUGCGGCAAUGAGUGCACUCCUGCUCAGUGACUUCUCGGACGUGCACCUGACACACAGCAGCCUGACCACAGAGGAUGAGGGCAGCUCCCUUACAAUAUAUUUAAUCAUUUCUUUGGUCUUUGUCUCACUUCUUUUCCUUGUGUCCACAGCAGCCUUUGUCAUUCACAAGGUGUGCAGGAGAAAGGACCUGAAGGAUGGGCAUGUGUUUUAUGGUGCCAACAACUUACAGAGCAGCCUGGCUGAUGCAGGUGCUGCAGGGACCCUGCCCCAUGCCUAUUGCUAUGAGAUCAGCCUCACAACGGGCUCUGGCAACAGUGAGUUCAAGUUCCUGAAGCCCAUCCUCCCCAGCCUUCCACCACAGCUCAAUGCCACAGGUGGGGGUACCAACAAUGAGCAAGAUUUCUCAUGUGGUUGUGUCACCAUGGAGAGUAUGGCACCAGACAACCAUGGGGUGCUCUCUGCAGAGCAGUUCAAUAGUCUUUCCUUUAACUAGUAGUGUUGGCACAGCCAAAGGCUUUAUGACUUUUGAUAAGAAGCAAUCCAGACUACAAUAUGUCAUAAUGGUGCCUCCUGAGAAAAUCUGUAUUUCCAAUUGGCAUCAGUGUUCUCUCACCAAGUCAAAGUCUGAAGAAAGGCUGACUUCUCCCACAAAAAAAACAACUAAACAAAAGAAACUAAAGCUUCUUUACUGAGGAAAUGGCAUGUUUCAGCUGUGUUAGAACCAUUUCUGAAAUGCUUUAAGAAUGGAGUUAGUUACAGAAAGCCCAGAAAAGUUCUUGUUUCUAUUGCUGACAAGAACAACAGACACAAGAGGAAGUACUGUAACAUAAUGGCAUGGAUGGGCAGAGAAAUCACAUCCUUACUGAAAUGCAUGUUGCCCUUUUUGUACAUCAGGAAAGCAAGGAAAUUGUGAGUACCAUGUGACAAUGUGUUAUGAACAAAAGCCUUUUUCUUUUCUGGGUCCUUUUUGUGCAUCCCUGAGACAGGUGGGGUCUUUUACUGUUUCUGUCCAUACAACUUUUUUAUGUCUCUAUAUGCUGCAUCAGUGCUGCCCAGUGAAGUAGAGUUGCUCACAUCUAAAUAUGGUGAUGUGCACAAUUCCGUAUCAGCAGGCAAGAAGUAUAUUUUGACCCCUUAAGUGUAGCUGUCUGAUAUUUAGGGGAGAGCAGCAAAAUGCAUGAGAUCUUCCUUUGGCCUGUAAAGAGAACUUACUCUCCUUGGGAUUGCCUCUGAAAUACAGCACCACAAAGAGUGUUGGGUUAGAAUGUAAUGUAACAGAACAGAUUAGUAGUAUUUGAGUUGUAAACUGAUCAUCUAGUCCAACUGACUGACCAAUUCAGGUUUGACCGGAAGUUAACAUAUGUUUUUAUGGGCAUUUUAUAAAUGUCUGGUAAACACUGAGAGGCUUGGGGCAUUGACCACCUCUGCAGGAAGCCUGUUCCAGUGUUUGACAACGCUGUCAGGAAAUAAAUGCUUCCUAAAUGUGUAGUCUAAACCUUAGCUGUCAUGGCUUUGAACUGUUGUGGCUGGAAUAAUCACCUCCUUUGGGCCUCUCCUUGCCUGAUUUGUAUUAAUACCUGGGGCAGAGGUUUUCCUAUACCAACCUGUUAGAUUUUCUGCCAUUAACGAUUCCCACAAUGUCUCAAUCUAUCCAGAUACCUCUGCAUGGCAUCUUGACCCUCAGGAGAGUCAACUGCACCUCCCAGUUUAGUAUCAUUAAAGGAGUUUUUUAUGAUCCAUUCAACUCCUGCAUCUAGAUCACUGAUAAGUACAUUGAAAAGCCUAAAACUGAACCAUGAGGAACACUGCUGGUGCCUGUCACCAGACAGAUUUAGCCCCAUUUACUGCAGCCUUUCAAGCCCUGGCCUUCAGCCAGUUCUUUACCCAGUUCACCACAAACCCAGUCAUCUCACAGGUGACCUUAUCAUAAGCAGAACUUUCUGUUGGGGAACCCAUGUUGACUAUGUCUGAUGACUCCAUUGUUCUUUAAAUGAGUUUCAGUAGUAUCCAGUAUGACCUUAUUAAUGAUUUUUACAGGAGCUGAGGUGAAAUCAACAGGUCUGUAGUUGCCUGUGUCUUUCCUCAUGCCUUUCUUGAAGACUAGAAGAACAUUGGCUAGUUUCCAGUCACCAGGGACCUCCCCAAACUCUUGAGACCUUGGGUAGGUGAUUGAGAGGGAUCUUGCUGUAACUUGUGUCAUCUCCUUCAGUGCUUUGGGCAGAAUCCCAUCACGUCCCAUGGAAUUUUGUCCAUACAGCUGGUGUACAAAUGGAGUCACUCAGUGUUCCCACGCUUGUGGUCCUCUGUCUCAGGUGACCAGGUAGCCCUAGGGACUAACAAUUUAAUUAAAAUGCAUUGAACACCUCCAACUCUCUCUUUUUGUCCCUGUUAGUCAGGGUGUGAUCUUCAAGUACCAGUCUGUUUUCUGUCAAAGUCCUCUUGCUCAACAGUGGCCAGUUUCAACUCUGAAUGUGUUUUGGCCUUUCAUGCCUUCUCCCUGCAUAUAUGAACCACAGCUCUGCAAACUUCCUGCAUAUCCUGACCUUACUUCCAGAGAUCAUAUAAUUUCUUUCUCCUCUGGAGCUCCACAAGGAGUUCCCUAUUUGGCCAAGCUGCUUUUCUGCCCCACAUGCUCGAAUUUUGGCACAGUGGAAUUGCCUUCUAAUAGACUGUAACCAUAUAGAGUUGUGAGAACAUGUUCCUUGUCGUUGGGUGGAUUGCAGACAGUAAGAACUUUGGCUUAGCUGCCAGUUCUGAAGGUGAAAUUUAGAUGAACUCAGAAGAGGGGCAUUGGAUUUGGUCUUAGCAGUAUUGUUGCUGAAUUUAGAGGCUUCAUGGUGGGAGUGAAAAGAUGUCCUGCUGUGAUUUUCUGUGUGUUUUCUUAGAGCAUUCACAUUUUCCUUUUUUUUCUUUUUCUACUCUGUGGACUGUAUUUGAACAUUUUCUUGCCUCUUCUUCUUAAGAAGGACUGUCACCCCAUGUAUAAUAAAAGACUGCUUGAAUGAAAGCAGCAUGAUAGGAUAUUUGGAAACCCUCACAUGUUGUGCUGCAGUUAUAAGCUGUGCUGUUGUAACACGAGAGACCCUUGUAUGUAAAAGCAAAAUAAAGAGAACACCCAAA